ACUAAAGCAAUGGAGCACAGUUGAACCGUUAGCUUCGUUAGCUUCCUGGCUAGUAGCUCUGAGAAGAUGGCAUCCUCGGACCAACCUGACCAGCAAAAUCAGAAUGCUGCUCCAGCCAGAGAAGACACGGCUCCAAGAGAAGCGCUGAUUGCCACGGCAGUGAGGUUUCUACAAAACCAGCAAGUUCGUCAGAGCCCCCUGGCAACCAGAAAGGCUUUUUUAAAGAAAAAAGGUCUGACCGAUGAGGAGGUCGAUCUAGCCAUCCAGCAGUCCGGUAGUGUGGAUGAGCCGCUGACUGUGGCUGUUCCCGGACCUACGCACAUCGCUCACCCGGUUCCACUGGCCCCGUACACUCCAGGUUACAGAUGGAGAGACUACAGUGCCAUGGCUGUCAUCAUGGCAGGGAUGGCCUUUGGCUUCUAUCAUCUCUACCGGAAAUACAUCCUUCCCCUCAUUAUGGGCAGCAAAGAGGACAAGAAGCAUCUGCAGCGGAUCGAGAGCAACAUCGCGGAUAUGAGUGGCACGCUGACACAGACAGUCACCCAGUUGCAGACGACCCUGGCUUCAGUGCAGGAGCUGCUGGUCCAGCAACAGAAGAAAAUACAGGAGCUGACACAAGAGUUGGCCAACUCCCAGGCCUCAUCUGCCACCAACCGCAUGCUGGAGUCUCAGAGCAUCAGUGAACUCAAGGCUGAGAUUGUGUCUCUUAAGGGUCUUCUUCUCAGCAGGAGACAGUUCCCUGCUUCACCUUCCGUUCCCAAAAUCCCAUCCUGGCAAAUCCCUCUCAAACCAGCGUCACUGUCCAACCCUCCCUCAGUCAACCACACCAACAGCAGCAGCGACAUCUCGCCUGUCAGCAACGAAUCGGCCAACUCCUCCCCAGUCAAAGAGGGCAACAGCUCCCUGGCCACCCCGUCCGGCUCACACUGCCUGAACGGAGACGUGGGCCUGGGCGCGAUUCUCCCUCUGGACCUGAAAGACCAGGUCCGUAUGGAAGUUCAGGGGGAGGAGGAAAAGAAAGAGGAUGAGGACGAAGAAGACGAGGAUGACGAUGUGAUCCAUGCGGAUGAGGAAGACCCCCUGAGCGUGCAGACAGAGGACAGGAGAGGAGGCGACGGACAGAUAAACGAACAGGUGGAGAAACUGCGGCGUCCAGAGGGGGCGAGUAACGAGAGCGAGGUUGAUUAGAGACUAACCCCCAACCAGACUUCAUCCGUCCAAUCACCUUUUCCCAGAUUUCCUGAGAGUUAAUUUAAGUCCAGAUAUCACACCCUCGUUGCUGUAAAAUGGCUACCGUGAGCAUCAUUUAACACUGUAUCAGAGCGGCAGCUGAGGUGGAUUAUGUUCCUUUCACUGCAGUCCUUUACCCUUUUGACUUUUCAACAUGCAAACUUUCAACGUGCAAACCAGACUGUCGGCACAAACCUCCUGCAUGCCUGAACAAGCACAGCAACAGACAUUUUUGGAUAGACAACGAGAGAAUUAUGACUUUUCUUUUGCAGCCAGUCAGUCCAUACAUUUCCCCUUAAUGCUAGCUACUUAUUUUAAUAGAGACUGUCAUGCUCCAAAAAAGCCUGUUUGUCAAGCCAAUACAAACGUGAACAAUUGCAGUGUAGGGACUAUAGCAACCAAUUAGAGGUACCAAAGAAUCAGAAAGUUGGCUUUCUUGUGAUCUGAGGCCGUUGGAUUUGUAUGUCAUUGCUUUGUGUUUAGUUCAGCAGUAAAGACUAGUUCACAGAGUCCCAACACUGUUGGAUCCGCUUAUUCUUUAUAGACCUUGCUAUAGACCUUUUACUCUGUCGUAGUGAACCAACUCCCCUUCAAACGUUUGACAUUGUGUAGUACACGGGGCAGCAGCAGUCUGUGUAAGAACGAUGCCUUUUAUUUUGUGAUCAGAGUGAGAUUUCUGUGGAAGAAAGAAAGAGGGAGGGAUAACAUGUUUGAGAACACAGAAAAUGAGACGAAAGAGAAAUGUGUUUGUCUCUGUCGUAUCUCUCCAGUCUCCAGCAGGGUAGCUGAUUUGGUUUAUGAAGUAUGUUAAUAAUCAAAUGAUCGACAAAUAAUAGAUGUAUUAGUUCAUGCGGCUUGAAAUGUCAAGGAGGCUAAAAUCGGAAAUCUAAUACUGAAAGCCUGUUAUAUUGUAUUAUAUUACAUGACAAACCCUCCAGUCCAAAUUAUAUAGGCCUCCUGCAGUGAAUAAUCUUAACAUGAAACGGUGCUGGGGUUUUGUAAUUAAACUGUGUAAAACAAUGGAUGCUUCAGCGGAGGUGCUGACAGUUGUGCUUUUCUCUUUGGGGGCUUUUCUCUCAGAAAGUCAUGAGAGGAUUAAAAAAAAAGACACAAAAAAAAUUCCCCAGUGAUGUAAAUGGAGAGUAACGUAUGAAUAUUUAACUAAUGAAAUUACUCACUCACCAGCUGAUGAGAAACAAAGCCAGAGAGAUCCUGGAGUGAGAACAAGAGCCUCAGAUCCAUUGUGACAUUUUCACUUUUAACAAAUGACCUUCAGAGUAACCGGAUUACAGCGCAGCCAGGUGAAUUGUGGGUCUGUGGCGGCACAAUGCGAAGGCACAAUGAAAGAGCUCAACCUGUCUGGCCGUGUGUAUGUUUUCUUACUUCCUAGACUAGGGCUGACUUAACACUAACCCACACAAGAAUAGCAUAUAUUCAUAUGAUACAAUGUCAAGAAAAACCCGCUAUGUUCGUUUGAUAUGCAGUGACUUUUUUUUUUCUUUUAAAAAUUGGCCGUUGAUUUAAAAAGCUACAAAUCCAAAUGUCAAUUGAACGUUAGAGGAAUGGUUCAGUCAAAAUAACAAAAAAUACAAAAAUCUUUAAAUCACUCACGUCAUUUCAAACCUUAAUGCUGUUUUUUUUGUUUUUUGUUUUUUUGUGGAAUGCUAAAGGAUAUAUUUUGAAGAAUGAUCACACUGCUGUUUUGCAUACAACCACAGUUCAAUUUUGUAAUUUAACAGACGUAGUGGUCUGUUAAAUUACAAAAGUGGACCAUGAAAAACCCCAAUAAAGUGGUCUGUUUAUUAUGAAGUUGAUCUGAGUCGGUGAGUUGAACUUGAGAACCAGAUCAGUCUGAUUCAUGAAUGGUUAUUAAAUGGUCUUGAUUAAACGGUUGAUCCGGCACACAAAUCACACAGUUAAUUCACAAAUUGGACUGAUCGGGUUCUUGUGUUCAACUGGAUAUGGCCAGAGCGGUUCUUCUCGAGUUAACAGCUCAAGAAUUGUAUCUGUCAGAUUCGUGAAUGAAUCAUUCAGUUCUGCAUCUUAUAUUGGAGCUUAACAUCUGUGGUCACUAUACAUGAACUGUCACUUAACACUAGAAAAACUUGAAGACUCUUCAAAAUAUAACAUUUUUGUUCCACAGAAGAAAGGCUGUUUGGAAUGGCAUGAGAAUGAAAAUAAAUGUAAUGUAUAGGGUGAACUAUUCUUUUAAUAGAAUCAGAGAAGUCCAUUUGAUCUAGAACGUUAAUUGUAUUGGAUUGGUGUCAGAAGUGGCAUUGCAAAGAUAGUUGGCUAUUUAAGUGAGAGGAAGGAAGACCAUCGGCUUCAGAAUGAGACAGAGCUUUAGUGUGAGUGUGUGUGUGUGUGUGUGUGUGUGUGUGUGUGUGUGCAUGUACUAGUUUUGCUUAAAACCACAUUCAGGAGUUCCUGCAACUGGCAGGUUGUUUUUGGUGGCGGCAGAGUCCUUCAAACAACAUAGUUUGCUAAUUUGAGCUAAUCAUUGUAAAGCCUCUGUGAGGGCUACUGAAUUAAUCAUGAUAUAAGCCACAGAUUCAGUGCCUAUAUCUCUUUUAAGAUGACAUUCUCAUCUCCAACUGUGUUUUUACGAUCGUUUUGUUAGGAAUCUUACUCAUGCUGCUCAGUUUCAGCAAUUCAGAUUAGGGAUUUAAGCAUUUGUGUGCGCGUGUGUACGUGCGUGCGUGCGUGCGUGUGGGAUCGGUUUUAUAAUAAGCUUAAUUCAAAGGUCUGUAACAGUUUGUCUGAAAUGCACAGCGUUGCUCAAUGUUGAUGUUGUUGACACCCUGCUGGUAUUUGUCAUAGAGAAAUUCUGGUAUGAAAAGACGAAUGUACAUAAUUGUAAUAAACUUGAUUUAACACAAA